AUGUCCAAGCAGCGCACGGCUGUGGCCUGCUUCAGCAGGAUGAUAGCAAAGAGAUUGUCCACGAAGAUCUUCAGGAUCUGGCAACAUUUCAGUGAAAACAGUGUCCAGGACACUCUGAUACUGGCAGACAAGCCCUUCUUCCUGGUGCUGGAGGAAGAUGGCACAACUGUAGAGACAGAAGAGUCCUCCUUCCAAGCUCUGGCAGGCAAUACAGUGUUCCUGGUCCUCCAGAAGGGGCAGAAAUGGAAGCCCCCAUCAGAACAGAGAAUGAGGCACCCACUGUCUCUCUCCCAUAAGCUUGCCAAGAAGAUGGAUGUGGCCCGCAUAAUCUUUGACCUGAACAAGCUGAGCCCACAGGACUUCAUCAGCUGCCUGAACAUGAAGGUGACUUUCUAUGAUGUGUACUCCCUUUCCUAUGAUCUAUACUGCAUGAGGCUGAGUGCAUGGAACCUCAUGCCCCAGAAUCAACUCUGGCCGCGCAAGCGCAGUCGGACCGGCGGGAAGCGUGGGCACGUGACGUCAUCAGUCAGCGCGGACCAGCCAGGUGCACGUGACUACGGCCUUGGCCGCGGAAGGUGGCAGCCGUCACGCCCUUCUGGCGUCUCCAUCCCCUGUUUCUGGAGACCGCGCAAGCGCAGUGAGUGCUGCACAGCGUCGCGGGCCAGUAACGUCAUCCGACGUUGCGGACCAUGUGUGUGUCCCUGCUGCGCCAAGUAA